GGGCCUAUUUCUAAAAUGGCCGUAACCCCGGGUCGGUUUGGGGGGCUCUGCUUCCGUUUCCGGGACGAGAAUCCGGAAGUGGCUUCUGAGGGGCCUCUCUUCAGCGGCGGUGGCUGUGUGAGGAGGGGAACAGCGAUGGCGGCGUCUGCAGCGGAUGCGGUGGCCUCAGCAGCUGAGGACAGAGAGCCACAGCGCAAGGCGAUGCCGGGCCUGGAGAGCCAGUGGCGCCAAAUCGAGAAUAGCGAGAGUGGGCGAGAGCGCCCACUGCAGGCCGGCGAGAGCUGGUUCCUUGUGGAGCAGCACUGGUAUAAACAGUGGGAAGUGUACGUGCAGGGAGGGGACCAGGACUCCAGCACCUUCCCCGGCUGUAUCAACAAUGCCAAGCUCUUCGAAGACCAGGUAAACUGGAACCUCAAGAAGGGACUGGUGGAAGGUGAGGACUAUGUGCUGCUCCCAGCAGCUGCUUGGCAUUACCUGGUCAGCUGGUAUGGUCUGAAGCAUGGCCAGCCACCUAUUGAACGCAAGGUUGUGGAGCUGCCCAGCAUCCAAAAGGUUGAGGUUUAUCCAGUAGAGCUGCAGCUUUUCCAGCACAGUGAUAUGAGCAUACCUCAUACUGCCCAAUUCAGCCACACAGAUUCUAUUGACCUGGUAUUGGGCACAGCUCGGGAGCGGUUUCUGGUGAACCCCCAGGAAGAGACUCGGCUGUGGAUUCAGCUCUCAGACGGCUCUUUUGAGCGAUUGUGCAACACACACGUUACAGUACUUGACGCCCGCCUCAAGACUGGGCAGGUGAUCGUCAUGGAGACCCGAAAGAAAGAUGGCACUUGGCCCAGCGCAAAGCAGUAUGUCGUGAAGAGUGUGUCCAAGGAAGAUGAGGACUUCCAGGGCCAGCCAGGCGUCUGUGGUCUCACCAAUCUGGGCAACACAUGUUUCAUGAACUCGGCCCUGCAGUGCCUCAGCAAUGUGCCACAGCUCACUGAGUACUUCCUCAACAAUCGCUACCUGGAGGAGCUCAACUUCUGCAACCCACUGGGCAUGAAGGGUGAGAUUGCAGAGGCCUAUGCAGACCUGGUGAAGCAGGCAUGGUCUGGCCACCACUGCUCCAUUGUGCCCCAUGUGUUCAAGACCAAGGUCGGCCACUUUGCAUCCCAGUUUCUGGGCUACCAGCAGCAUGACUCACAGGAGUUGCUGUCGUUCCUCCUGGAUGGGCUCCAUGAGGACCUCAAUCGGGUCAAGAAGAAGGAGUACGUGGAGCUUUGUGAUGCCGCUGGGCGGCCUGAUCAGGAGGUGGCUCAGGAGGCCUGGCAGAACCACAAACGGCGGAACAAUUCUGUGAUCGUGGACACUUUCCAUGGCCUCUUCAAGUCCACACUGGUGUGCCCUGAUUGUGGCAAUGUAUCUGUGACCUUCGACCCCUUCUGCUAUCUCAGCAUACCGCUGCCUGUCAGCCCCAAGAGGGUCAUGGAGGUCUUCUAUGUCUCCAUGGAUCCCCGACGCAAGCCAGAGCAGCACCGGCUCAUUGUUCCUAAGAAAGGCAAAAUCUCGGAUCUGUGUGUGGCUCUGUCCAGACACACAGGUGUCCAGCCAGACAGGAUGAUGGUGGCUGAUGUCUUCAGUCACCGCUUCUAUAAGAUCUACCAGCUAGAGGACUCUCUGAACAGCAUCUUGGACCGAGAUGAUAUCUUCAUAUAUGAGGUGUCAGCUAGGGCUGGGACCGGUGAGGGCGUAAGAGAGGACGUUGUGCUUCCUAUCUACCUGCGGGAGCGCUCCCCGGCCCGGGACUUCAACAACUCCUACUAUGGCCUGAUGCUUUUUGGGCACCCCCUCCUGCUGUCAGUGCCCCGUGACCGACUCACCUGGGAUGCCUUGUAUCACAUCCUGCUGUACCGGCUCUCACGCUACGUGGCCAGGCCAAGCUCAGAUGAUGAGGAUGACGGGGAUGAGAAAGGAGACACGGAGAAUAAGGGAAACGUUGCCAAGUCUGGGCAAACAGCUGAGGGGGGCAGCCUUCAAGACCCUGGGCCGGAGCAGGCUGGGCCCAGCUCUGGAGUCGUGGGCAGGAACCGGGCCCCUGCAGACAACUCCCCUGGCCCUUCUAACUGGCCCCAGAGGUCCCGGCGCAAGCAGCUGUUCACCCUGCAGACAGUGAAUUCCAACGGGACCAGUGACCGCAUGACCUUCAAUGAAGAUGGCCAUGCCCAGCCGUACAUUGCCAUCGACUGGGAGCCAGAGAUGAAGAAGCGUUACUAUGAUGAAGCGGAGGCUGAGGGCUACGUGAAGCACGAAUGUGUUAACUAUGUGCUGAAGAAAGCUCCAGUGCGGCUGCAGGAGUGUAUUGAGCUCUUCACCACUGUUGAAACUCUGGAGAAGGAAAACCCCUGGUACUGCCCCAACUGUAAGCAGCACCAGCUGGCCACCAAGAAGCUGGACCUAUGGAUGCUUCCUGAGAUCCUGAUUAUCCACCUGAAGCGCUUUUCUUACACCAAGUUCUCGCGCGAGAAGAUUGACAUCCUUGUGGAGUUCCCUAUCCGAGACUUGGACCUCUCCGAGUAUGUCAUCAAACCGCAGAGUGAGUCGGAUCCGGAGGUGUACAAAUACGAUCUCAUUGCAGUUUCAAACCAUUAUGGAGGGCUGCGCGACGGACACUACACGACAUUUGCCUGCAACAAGGACAGUGGCCAGUGGCACUACUUUGAUGACAGCAGCGUCUCUCCAGUGACUGAGGAUGAGGUUGAGUCCAAGGCAGCCUAUGUCCUCUUCUACCAACGCCAGGAUGUGGCACGACGCCUGCGAUCCCAGCCUGACUUAUCUGGCCCCUCAGAACCCCCUGCCUGUGGUUCCCCACCCAGCUCUGAGUCCAUGGAUGUAAACUGAGGGGGCCCUGCAUCCUGUCACACAGAGGGAAACCAUCUUUACCACCCUCCUCCCUGUGUCUACCACCCAUUCUCUUCUCCGUGUUAGGUGCCCCUGCCAGGUAUUCCAGGCUCAGUUGUGGCCGCUGUUGUCAUGUGCCGCUAUAUUGCUCUCCCUGAAGGGAAGGUGAGGUCCUAUCUCUUCCCCCAAGCAGUGCUCCCUGCUUGUGUUUCCCCCUUAGAGCAACAACCCUCCCCCCCUCCUUUUUUUUUAAUUUAUGGUUGUCCUUUUUCCUCUUUCCACAACCUGGGGUCUUCUAGUGGGGUGGGGGUGCAUCUGAACAGUGUAUUUUCUUAUUGAUAGGCUAUACCCUCUGCUGUAUAUAUAUAAAGCUCCAGUCUGUUCCUCA